GACCUCCUACACAAACAAACCCUUAUUUUGUUUCCGUGGAGAACACAGUCGUGUUUCCCUCAGCAGUCGUGCAUCAGCUCUAUUUAUUUAAGUCCAUGUUUGACUUGAUUCUUGGAUUGCGAUCGUCACGUGGCUGUGGCCACCCACGUUUCGUUGGAUUGUGGGUAAACACUCGGUAAACACUGCGAUUUUCAUCGGCUGGAAGCCAUUUCAUCAGUAAGUGAUGUCUGCACAUUCACGGACCCAAGAAAGCAAUGCUUGGGCUCUUUUAGCCCUCAAAUCUGCUCCUGCAAGCCCUUCCAAAGUGCAAUGGAGCCCAGAAAACAAGGGGACACCAAUUGCUCGCCUGGAAGGACGAGAAUUCGAAUAUUUGGUGCGACAGAAAAGGGUCACCAUCGGCCGGAACAGCUCAAGAGGCGAGGUGGAUGUAAACAUGGGUGUUUCUAGCUUUAUUUCUCGUAAGCACCUUGAGAUAUUCUACGAGCACCCCCAUUUUUACAUGGUAUGUGGUGGAAAGAAUGGAGUUUUCGUCGAUGGCGUAUUUCAGAGAAAAGGAGCUCCAUCUUUACAACUGCCGAAAAGAUGUCAGUUCAGAUUUCCAAGCACAACCAUCAGACUUGAGUUUCAGUCAUUAAUUGAUGAAGGGGCUUUACCAGUGGAAGUGGCUAGUAAUCAUCAUGCUUCACCAAACCGUCAGCAUCGUGUUCCUCUUCCUCCACUGCGUAUUAACAUUCCUAAUUCAGACCUCACCUUUGGAAGUCCUUUCCCUUCUCCAACAGGAACCAUAAGUGCUGCUAAUUCGUGUCCUGCAAGUCCUCGUGGUGGCCAUGCACGUCGCAAUAUUAGUGCUGAUCUUCAAAUGGUUGCUGCCUGUGUUGCCAAGAGUAAUAGUGGAGCUCAUCCUGUUGUCAACACUAUAACUGUUUCUACAUCAGGAGAUGACAGGGGUGAAGUCUUAGUUGGGGCUGCAACUUCUAGUCAUGGCAGUGUGACAUUAUCAGUCCCAUCACCUGAAGGGUCAUCACAUUCUUCCACCUUAGAGCAAGUGCUCAUCCAAUCUGGAAAUGGACACAAAGUUUAUAAUAGCAGUUCCAAUGGUACACACUGUCCACCCCCUAAUCAAGAAUCGUACAGUCCUCCAAAGGAUGACUCAAAACCUCCAUUUUCUUAUGCUCAGCUUAUUGUUCAGGCUGUAGCAUCUGCUCCAGAUAAACAAUUGACUUUGAGUGGAAUUUAUUCUUAUAUCACCAAAAACUAUCCUUACUAUCGCACCGCUGAUAAGGGGUGGCAGAAUUCUAUCAGACACAAUCUUUCUCUUAAUAGAUACUUUAUAAAAGUACCACGCUCACAAGAAGAACCAGGAAAGGGUUCAUUUUGGAGAAUAGAUCCCCAAUCUGAAGCUAAACUGAUUGAACAAGCAUUUAGAAGGAGAAGACAGAGAGGUGUCCCUUGCUUUAGAGCACCAUUUGGGCUCUCAUCAAGGAGUGCUCCUGCUUCUCCCAGCCAUGUGGGUAUGAGUGGUCUGAUGACCCCUGAGUCUCUCUCUAGGGAAUGCUCUCCAACACCAGACCAGUACCCAGACAGCACUGUAGCCUCUCCAGCAGUUGUGGGACAGCACUUGGAACUGAAAACAAGCCAAUCUGCUCCUGGAUCGCCAGGUCAUUCAGGUGCUGGUGGAAACAUGAGUACAGUAAUGCAUAGUGUACCAACUCAACAUGUUACUGUUGUUACUAAUGGUGUUUCUGGUGAAGUUGUACAUGAAUCAAGUGAUAAAUAUGUUGUCGGAAAUCAUGUUGGAGCACACCAAUUGAUUGUGUCUGAGGAACAAUCACUGUCUCCUCCGACAACAUACUCUGCACCUGUCAUAGUUCAAACAUCUUACUCAAACUUCAGUAACUCUUACGGAGGUACAUCUGUCAUCACAGAGCACAGUAGCAGUUCUGGUAUUAAACGGCCUCUUGAUGCACCAGAGGAGUAUGAAGAGAGUUAUGAAGUUCAUACUGAAACUGUCACCACUGAGGCAGAUGUGUCUUCCGAUUCACACAGCACUAAAAAAACAAGAAUUGGUGAAGACUCUAACCACAAUGCAGAUUCUACACCUCACUCUCAUGAGUAGUGUAGUGCCUUAAGUCUGUCUCUCUUUGGCUAUGAUCUGCAUAUUGGCUUAUGGUUGACUUUAAACUUGCUUGUGGCUUCACACACUCCUCAGUUUUCUAAUCUUUUGUUGAAAAGUUGAAGAGGUUUCCUACUGACUGCAAGGGCAGGCACUUUCUUCGUAGCAUUUGGUACCUAUUCAUUCAUUACCAGCAAGAAUGUAUGUAGUUAAUAGGAACUGAACUAAUCUUUGUUGAUGUUGACGCUUGUACUUGGAUAUUCACUUUUAUCUUCAUUGUACAUUGCAUUUCAAAAUUAUUUUUGAACCGUUGUUAGUAGAAGCAAAUCAUUUAAUACAAAUGACACAACCAUGUUGAGAUUUGUAGGUAAUCAUUGUACAAAUAUUAAAAAUGUAAGUGAAUACUCCUGUGUUGAAAUCUGCUGUUGUUUUGGAGAUUGUUAUUUAUCAAACAUUAAUAUUAAUGUUUGAGUUAGCAUGUUAUUUUUCUCUAAUAUUCUUUUCUUGAUGUGCUAGGUAUGUUACCUAAAAGGCAGGGUGCACAAGUCUCAGAUACAAGGCAUCGAAGGAGUGUGUUGUCUUUUUUUUUUUUUAAUUUAAAUGUGAAGUGGUGACAUGAAAAUUGUGAUCAUUCUAAGCACUGUAAUUGCAAUUGUACCGAAGCACUAUUGUCAUGCAUUAGUUAAUGGCAACUCAUUAAGUUUCACUCAUCAUUUUUAGAGAAACCCUUGCCACUUGAUCAUUUAAAUAGUACUAUAGGUAUAGGUUGUGUGGUUGUAUAGUGCUUACCAAGUUUAUUCUAACGUUUUAUUGUUGACUUAAGUACUAAGUGCUGAAUGGGUUUUGGUAGCUACUUGAUCAAAGAGGGUUGCUAAAUUCAGUACAAGCAUGACAAUGUGAUUCAGUAUGAUCACGUCAUCAUGUAGCUGUUAGUCGGACUCCCCACUAGAUGGCGUGGCAGUUCUAGAACUUUUCUUCUUUUUUCUUUGUUUUUGGUUUCGUAAUAGUUUGGAUAUUGUAGGAGAAAGCGAGGACUAGUCAUUUUUUUCCAUGUUGUAUUUGUGUAUUUGCAGCCCAUAUGCUACCGUAAUGUUAUUUGUAGGAUACAAUGAGCUUUGCCAUAGUUUUCAAAGCAGGCUGUGAGUGACUGUGUUGUCGGAGUUCCUUUUGUGACAUGAUGCCACAUUAACUCUUCUGUUUUGUGACAAGUCACCUGCAUUUGUACAAGUGGUGAAGUCUUGUAUUGAGCUGGAAACUAUUAUAUUUAUUUUAAACCAUUUGACAAGAUCUUUUUUUUCCCCCUUUAAAUUUGCACGGAAAGCCGUAUGACUAUGAGCAAAUCAAUUUGGAGUUCUUGUAUUUCAUGUUAAAUGAUUGAAGUAUUUAAUUUUGGAUGAUGUUUCAUGUUUUGUUUGUGGUUAUAUAAUCAUCACACAAAGAUUUUUUUUUUUUUUUUUACUGGUGGUUGAAGUUUGAUUACGUCAAAUUGUUAUGCGGGCCAAUCAUACUUCAGUCUCAGGUCUAUCGGGCAACUGCAUGUAAUGCAAUUGUGAUAUUUUAGAGGCACUGUGGGAGACGAAUCCUCAUCAAUAACUACUACACUAUAGGUGUUACUAGUGUUUUUCUUUUCUCCUCCUUACUCUCAAAAUUGAGGAGAUUAAAUGUUCUGGCAUUUAUGACCAUCUUGAAAUAUUUGCCAUAGUUUUAUUAUAUGUGUCUUUCAAAAUAUUAAACAGUAUUCUAGUUCUAAUUAUCAUCAUCAUUCAGCAUUUCUACCUUUACCUUCCUGUAUGUCAUUGAAGGCAGUGCGUGCAUCCAUGUCAGAUCUGCAUCUAUUUAAUCUGUUUGAGGUAUCGCUGAUUAAACAAGAUCUUCAUCCCCUAGUUUUGUCACAAUACCUCAACCUUAGUUUUGGAUUUUAUAGAAAAUUUAGCUGUGAAAGCGGGGUGGGUUCAUUGAACUAUAUUUGUUUUUGCUAAAUCUCUUUUUCUUAAGAAAAGGAAAAAAAAAUGCAUCGAAUUUCAUAAUUAUUUUUGAUGGGUUUUACAAAAUUAAUAAGAUACCUUCUUGCAUAUACUCAUUUAUUACAUACUUAACCUAAUACUAAUUCAGAAAGUUCAAAUUUACUGUGAUGUCUCAAACAACUUUAUCCUCAAGUUACCCAACUCCUGUUAAAAUUUCUUUCAAAGAAAUGUGUUGGUGAUUUUUCAUCUGCAGUGUCUUCUAAAGUAUCAAGCAUAUGGUAUGCUUAACUAAAAUCUGUUAAAUUACAGAUAAAAAUUGUUAAAUUACAACAUGGCGCAAAUAACACAAGAACCUAUUACCAAACAACACAUAGCAAUAAAAUUCUGUGCGAUGUAGUCUUUGUGUGCAAUCCUGAAAUGCAUACCAAAGGGGCAUGUGAGGCAAUCUAUGUAGCCUCUACAUAGGUUCACUAAAUUUUCGUUUUUUAGAAAUGCUUGUGGAAAAUUUGGCUUGCGCAUGUCAGGUUGAGGAACAUGUGGAAUUCAUAUUUGUGGACAGGGUCCAUAUAGUGGUGAUUGAGGUGUCUGGAAUUCUUGUUGAAUAUAUUGUGAUCUGCAGGACAGAGUUUCAUGUGCUGUGCUGUACUGUGCUGUGUCAUUGUCAUAUAAGUUGUAACAAUGCAGAGUGGUUUUUUUCCAUUACAUGGAAUUUUAAACUGUAUUCUCUGGUUUGGACAGUUUAGUUCCCAUGCAAAGUCACUUCUUGUAUCCUUCAAGAAAACAUAAUAUAAUGUGUAGCUGUAGUAUGGCUGCUCUUAGCUGUCAUAGUGAUUGUCUACAAAUUGAGUUCAAUCCUCAUAUUUGAUCAUCUCCAAGAUGUAGGUCAGAAAUUGGCUUGUUUGUGACAGUCCUUUUAUUUUCUGUCUAGUAUCCAAUUUGUAAUUGAUUUUUGAUUUUAAACAAUUUGAACACAAAUUAAUUUUAGGAAGCAUGAGUGAAAGAACAAAUUGUUGAAUUUUUAAGAUUUAUUCUCUGUAUAUGCUUUUGGGUAUGGACCUUUGGUCUCCUUUUGACAUGGCAUGUCAGUGAUCACUGCACCAAUAUUUCAGUGACUACUAUGAUGUGCUUUAUCUACGUUCUCCCCCUCCCCCUUUUUCGCUCUUUGGUAUUUAAGGAAUUCACGGUAGAAAAACCCAGUAUUAAAUCCAUAAGAACAAUAAUCUUAAUCUUUGAGGAAACCACUGGUUUGAGUUUUUGAGAUCACUAGCCUUGGUGUAGUCAUGUCAGAAAUAGACUCAUCUAGGUAACAUUUUUUUGAAAUCAUUCUGUUAAGAAUUUUUAAAAAUGUUCUUUAAUACAAUUCAGCUCGACACUUAGUUAGAACUUAAUUUGUAAGAUUAUUUUGUUGUUGUUUUUUUUUUUAUUAUCUCAAAUCAGCCAGAUACUUGGAAGGGUGUACUGAAGAACUCUAAAAGCAGGAACUGGUAAAGCUGGAGAUAACUUAGUGUUGAAAAGUCAGUGCCAUUGUGUUCAAUUAAAAAAAUGGAUCAGCAAUACUUCAGUAUCAUUUUUCUACAAAGCACGUAACUGAAACUGGGGACCAUAUCAGUUAAAGGAAAUUGUGGUUUGCUUUGUGUUAGAGUAAUGUGGACUUGAUCUUAACUCAGCUGUAAUCAUCUUCUGAUUUACUACAUCUUGGUUUAAGUCUCAUCAGUUGCUGUUUUAGAUCACACUUCUGUAUCGCUGCUCAUACUGCUGAAAGUCUAUGUUAAUAUGAUAUGUUCAAGAUGUAGUAAAUAUAAAUAUAUAUGUAUAUAUUAGGCAAAAAAGGACCUUGUGUGUACAUGUAGUCAGUGUAAAUAUUGUACUGAUGAACCAACAUUUUAUAUAGACUUUUAAUGAAGCAGUUGAUACAGAAGGCAGCCCUUACCUAUCUAUUUCAAACAAAUAUCUUAUGUACAAUGGCUGUUUUGAACUGUUUUGAAUUUUAACUGCGAUGUAGUUGUGCUUGUUUUCACCCUUCACCCCCUCCCCCUCUUUCCCGAAAAAUGCUUAUAUUGUACUGUACUCUUUAGCUACUUUGAGUUGUGUUUUGUUAGUGGUGCCUUGGGUGCUCACUUUAUUUUCUCCCCUGAUUAAGUGCUAGUUGAUUAAAUUUGUUUAAAAAGGCCCCAAAGAUUUGAAGGAUAUAUUUAUGAAUGUGCAUGACAAGUGUGCCAGCAGUGAUGCACAUUCUGCCCUUGAAGUAUGAGAAUUGUAAUUUGAUGAAUAUAUGCAGAAUAAAACUUAUGUAUGUUGA